GACCUGAAAGCUUUCGUGAUAUGUGGUGUACAGAUACAGAUAUGGUACAGAUAUGUGGUGUGAUUGGAAGGCAGACGUUGGGAAGGGGCGGUUCAACUCAUUGAUAGCUAGCUAAACAGCUAGCCUCUUGGUGCUUCAGCUGAAUGAGCCGUAGGUCGAGCUCCAGAAUCCUCUAACAACAAGCCAGAUGGAAGUGGGAUGAGUUUGCUGCAUUCAUGUCUUCAGCUUGAACAGGUUUAGUGGAAGAAAAUUCUGCUUCCCUGUUCUGUGCUACUUAUCAAGCUAACAGCAAGUGAGGUUUGACGAGCCUGACAAAUCUGCUGAAAAGAGCGCUGCAGUCAAUGUGUGUUUGACUGAACCAUGUGAUAGUCCCAGUUCUAUAUGUGAGGCUAACAAGCGGAUGGACUGCUCAGAGUAAAGGUACAUAAAUGGAGCAAACAAAGUGAGCAACAUCGGUCGUCAGUACUAAUCACCCAGGACUGUUAGUGAGCGACUAGCUGGAACUCAGCUGUGGGAUCCAACCGGUCAGGUCCACGUUGUUGUCUGAAGGAAGGAGGAGCGGACUGGAGACAACAGUGUCAGCUGGUACAGUUUGAGUGAGGAGUAAUGAUCCUACCCCGUUCACGGUUGUCUUCUGUUUUGUGCGAAGUAUUAUUAACAUCUGGAGAGAGAUGUCCUACACAGUUCAGGAUGAUGGGGAGCAGAUAACCUCUACUUUUUGACAUUUCUUCAACGUCAAUGAACCCACCUUCCCUUUUUUCUGAAAGCCAUCUCAAUUUUCCUCUCAUUCAAUGAGCUCUUCAGGAUUUCAUGGAUUGCAGGAACUCCAGAGAAACAUCAUGCAAGUUUGUUUUAAUUUGGCCUUCUGUCCUCCUGAUACACUCCUGACAAAUAAUAAAAAAGAAUGAAAUGAAAACCAUGUGAGCAGAAAUAUUAUCCCUAUUUGUGUAGUAUUGUAACCUUGGGUUGUUGAACUUCUAUUCUGUUGUCAUUGGAGAUUCCCUACCAACAUCAUCCGUUUUGUCUGGUUUGUAGGCCAUGGUUCGCAAGAAAAGUUCUUUCAUAUUAUGUGGUGCUUUCCUGUUUGUUGCUUGGAAUGCGUUGCUUCUGCUUUAUCUUUGGGGUCGACCUCCCAUUGGCCGUCUUGGAGAUGGUGGAGGAGUCGAACCGGGGGGAAAGGAGGAGUGGGGUGCUGGAAGGGGUCAAAUGGGCCAAAUCAACCUUGCAGAAGAGAUGAUUCGGCUGGCAGAAGAAGUUGAAGUUCAUCUUGAUACCCAGAAAAAGCUACUGAAGCAGAUUGAAAUUCACAGAGAAGUGUGGGCUCGGCAGAAGGAUCUUGGGAAAAGGGAAACUGGUUCUAAUAUCAAAGAAGCAGGAGACCAACAGCAGCCUCAGAAAACUCUAAGACCUCUCAGAAACAGUGUGGAUGCUGGGGACCAAACUAAUACACAGAGGCCUGCUCAUAAGGUAGCACCAAGCUUACCUUUAGAAGAGCCUAGUGAGAAAAUCAGAAACAUUAAAGUGACAACUCCCAUUCCCAGCCCAGAAUUCAUUAUUCCCAUCCUGGUUAUUGCUUGUGACAGAGUCACAGUGAAGCGGAGCCUUGACCGACUCAUAUCGUACCGUCCUUCCGCAGAACUAUAUCCAAUCAUUGUUAGUCAAGACUGUGGCCAUGCAGACACAGCUCGCGUGAUUGGUUCAUAUGGAGAUCAAGUGACGCAUAUAAAACAACCAGACCUUGCUGACAUCAAGGUCAGGCCAGAGCACAGGAAGUUCCAGGGCUACUACAAAAUCGCCAGACAUUAUCGAUGGGCACUCAACCAAGUGUUCAACACCUUCUCCCAGUCUACAGUGGUCAUAGUGGAGGAUGACUUGGAGGUGGCACCAGACUUCUUUGAAUAUUUCCAGGCCCUGUAUCCCAUUUUACGCUCUGACCCCAGCCUAUGGUGCGUUUCUGCUUGGAAUGAUAACGGUAGAGACGCUUUGGUUGAUCCUUCCAAAGCUGAGCUCCUUUACAGAACAGACUUCUUUCCUGGUCUGGGGUGGAUGCUGCUGAAGGAGUUGUGGGAUGAACUAGAACCAAAAUGGCCUUCAGCUUUCUGGGAUGACUGGAUGCGUCAACCUGAACAGCGCAAAAACCGCUCCUGUAUAAGACCUGAAAUCUCCCGGACUAUUACCUUUGGCAGGAAAGGGGUCAGUUUAGGUCAAUUUUUUGACCAAUACCUGCGCUAUAUUAGGCUAAACACUGAGUUUGUGCCUUUCACCAAACAGGAUUUGUCUUUUUUGCUAAAGGAGAAGUAUGAUGAAAUCUUUGUUCAAGAGGUUUAUAGCGCCACCUUGGUGAAGAUUGAAGAUCUUCAGCACGGGGGUAAUUUAAAAGGACCUGGACCGUACAGGGUGCAGUACUCCAGCAGAGAUAGUUUUAAAGUCUUUGCUCGAAAUUUGGGGGUGAUGGAUGACUUAAAAUCUGGAGUUCCUCGCACAGGUUACAGAGGAGUAGUCAGCUUCUUACACCGUGGCCGAAGGGUCUUUUUGGCCCCACCAGAGGGCUGGACGCAGUAUGACAUCAGCUGGAGCUGAGAGUCACCCAAAGUGUACAGUACAGUUUGUUAAAGACUAAUGCUCUCCGAGACCAAAGAAUAUUUGACACAUUGAGGGCAACACAAAUGGGACUGCUCAUCACUGAAUAAGGUGGUGAUCCUUUUCCAUAAGGGAAAACCUUUAGGGGAAAAAACACUAAACUGGUUUAAAAACACUUACUGGCAAUGUGCCUUGCUUUUUGGACCCUGUUUGUUCUUGUGUUCAGUUCUAAACUUCAGCAGGACUUACCAAUAAUAUUUGCAGUAGUUGCAGGUAGAAGGAAGAGGUCAGCGAAAAUAAUUCUUGAUGUGGGAAGAGGCACGAGAGCUAAAUUCAAAGGUCAGCAUUUGGAAAAGGAAAAUACCUGAAAUGACUUCUAUUUUCUUUAUUUUUUUCUCUUGAAAGAAUGAUCCAAUUCAGACUUUGGGAGUCCUUGGCACUAACUAUAAUUGUAAAAAUAUAUAUAUAUAUAUAUAUAUAUAUAUAUAUAUAUAUAUAUUUAAAAUCAAAUGGAAUAACUCAGCAAGGUUUUAGGUUAUAAAAAAAAUCUGUGUUGAGCAAAGCUACUUUUCCUUUUGAAGUCCACUAGUUUACACUACUUGUAUCCAGACAUAAAGGAAUGUGCUAAAGAAGCAGUAACACUAAUCACAUCUGGCAGCAGUAAAUUGGGACUAAAAAUACUCAACAGGCCUACAUUGCACUCUACUGGAAUUCUACACACGAGGCAAGCAGUACUUUAAAAUGUGACUAUUGAAAACACUAAGGCAUCACCUGUGAUGAGUAUGUCUGACCAAAAUUGUGUUAAUUUUCUCAGAUUACAGUAUAAAAACAACACUGUAAUAUAAAGUAUCUGAUCCUAUUUCAGGCCUACACAUUCACAUAUUGAGCUAGUGAGUAGUUCCAAAUUUUUCAAAUGGACAUUUUAUUUGUUCUCAGCCUGUUACCAGUUUCUAUAGGAGACUGCUAAUAAACCCUUAUUUCAAUCAGGUAUGUAGAAGCAGGAAAAGAUCUGAAAGAUCCAGGACCAGGGGUCUUACCAGCUCCUGAGAAUCAGCCCUGAUUCUUAGCACAAACUCCCAAACAUUUAUAAAAUGU